AUGGAAAAACCUGAAACUAUAAAACUGAAGAAGCUAGGAAGAGUGGAAAAGAACUCCCAGGUCCCGGUCACGCCGGCGGCUCGAUCACGCCUGCUCGGCCCAGACAGACGCCCCGAGCCCGGAGCCUCCGCGUCCCCAGGUGCCUUUUCCACCGCGCACCGGCUCCACCUUCUGCAAAAAAACGACAACGACCAGAACCCACCUGGGGCAGAUGCUGCUGCUCCAAACGCCGAAGCCGGAGGCACCGCGCAUGCGCACUUCCCGGGCGCGCUCACACGCUCCUCCUGGACGCUCCUCCCGGACGCUCCUCCCUUGUGCUCCUCCCAGACGCUCCUCCUGGACGCUCCUCCCUUGUGCUCUUCCCAGACGCUCCUCCUGGACGCUCCUCCCGGACGCUCCUCCCAGACGCUCCUCCUGGACGCUCCUCCCUUGUGCUCUUCCCAGACGCUCCUCCUGGACGCUCCUCCCUUGUGCUCUUCCCAGACGCUCCUCCUGGACGCUCCUCCUGGACGCUCCUCCCUUGUGCUCCUCCUAGACGCUCCUCCCGGACACUCCUCCUGGACGCUCCUCCUGCGCGCUCCUCCCUUGUGCUCCUCCCAGACUCUCCUCCUGGACGCUCCUCCCGCGCGCUCCUCCCUUGUGCUCCUCCCAGACGCUCCUCCCGCGUGCCCCUCCCGGCGCUCCUCCCAGACGCUCUCCCCGCGCGCUCCUCCCUCGCGCUCCUCCCGCUGCGGCGCCCGGGCGGCGUCCUGGGAGCCGGAGUCGGUGCCAGACAGACGAGGCCGGGACACCCCCACCCCUCCGCUCCCCCCGUCCCCACCCCGCGACCCGCGAGCACCCGCGGCGGGGCCGGCGAUGCUGCUGCGACCGCUGUGGCUGUGGCUCUGGGUGGGCGCUGCACCCGCCCUGGGCGCCGAGGGGCCGAGCCCAGGAGGAGCCGCAGGGCCCGGGCUGGCGGCACCCAACGUGGUGCUGGUAGUGAGCGACUCUUUCGAUGGAAGACUAACAUUUUACCCAGGAAAUCAAGUUGUGAAACUUCCUUUUAUCAACUUCAUGAAAGCACAUGGUACUUCAUUUCUGAAUGCCUAUACCAACUCUCCGAUCUGUUGCCCAUCACGUGCAGCACUCUGGAGUGGUCUCUUCACACACAUCACCGAAUCUUGGAAUAAUUUUAAGGGUCUGGAUCCAAAUUAUACAACAUGGAUGGAUGUCAUGGAGAAGUAUGGCUAUCGGACACAAAGAUUUGGAAAACUGGACUAUACUACUGGACACCACUCUCUCAGCAAUCGUGUAGAAGCAUGGACAAGAGAUGUUCCAUUCUUACUAAGACAAGAAGGGAGACCUGUGAUUAACCUUAUCCCCCGAAAGACAAAAGUAAGAGUCAUGGAAGAGGACUGGAAGAACACAGAUAGAGCAGUAAACUGGCUAAGAAAGGAAGCAAUAAAUUGUGCUCAACCAUUUGUUCUGUACUUGGGGUUAAAUUUACCACACCCUUAUCCUUCACCAUCUUCAGGAGAAAAUUUUGGAUCGUCAACAUUUCACACAUCUUCUUACUGGCUUAAAAAGGUAUCUUUUGAUGACAUCAAAAUUCCAAAGUGGCCACCACUGUCAGAAAUGCAUCCUGUAGAUUAUUAUUCUUCUUACACAAAAAACUGCACCGGGAAAUUUACAAAAGAAGAAAUUAAAAAUAUUAGAGCAUUUUAUUAUGCUAUGUGUGCUGAAACAGACGCCAUGCUUGGUGAGAUUAUUUUGGCUCUUCGUCAGUUAGAACUUCUUCAGAAAACUGUCGUGAUAUAUACCUCAGACCAUGGAGAACUGGCCAUGGAGCACCGUCAGUUUUACAAAAUGAGUAUGUAUGAAGCCAGCGCCCAUGUUCCAUUCCUCAUGAUGGGUCCAGGAGUCAAGACCAACCUACAAGUAUCAAACCCGGUUUCCCUUGUGGAUCUUUAUCCAACUAUGCUUGAUAUUGCUGGAAUUCCCCUGCCUCAGAAUCUAAGUGGAUACUCUCUAUUGCCGUUAGCGGCAGAAUCAUCUCAGAAUAAACUUGGCUUCAGAGGCCUGCACCCACCCUGGAUUCUGAGUGAAUUCCAUGGAUGCGAUGUGAACGCCUCCUCCUACAUGCUCCGGACUCGCCAGUGGAAGUAUAUAGCCUACGCUGAUGGGGUUUCAGUAGCACCGCAACUCUUCGAUCUUUUUUCGGACCCAGAUGAACUAACAAAUAUCGCUACAAAAUUUCCAGAAAUUACUUAUUCUUUAGAUCAAAAGCUUCGCUCCAUUGUAGACUACCCCAAAGUUUCUGCUUCUGUUCACCGAUACAAUAAAGAGCAGUUUGCCAGCUGGAAACAAAGUGUAGGACAGAACUAUUCGAAUGUCAUCUCCAACCUCAGGUGGCAUCAGGACUGGCAGAAACAACCAAAGAAGUUUGAAAAUGCCAUCAAUCGGUGGCUUAAAACCCACACAAAUAAAAAACGUUCAUCGACAAAACGAUCAUCUAAAACAACGCAGAAAUAA